AUGCACGCUGCGGUCAAGUCCAGCCUGCCAGUUCGCCCCUCACUCUCCAAGUCCAGCGUCGUUGGAGUCGUCACACGCUCAGCGCCGUUGGACUCGCUGUCCGUCGUGUACCCACCCGACGACCACGUCCCGCACAACCGCCGCAACAGCGCAUUUGUUGUCGAUAACGCACCCCCAACUCUCCUCACGGCAUUGCCGCCGGGUGUGGCUGUCAACCACGUUCAGCUGCGAGACGCCGAGAUUCCGCUACAGGACCCCGAGAUGGAGCGUCGGAGGCGGCACUGGACGACUGCCCACUAG